CUGCAAGCAACACUUCAACGAGAUUCUCCCGAGCCUGAAGGACCUGUUAAGGACGACGUAGAUAUGAUGUUGGACGAGUUGGAGCAAAAUCUAGACGCUGCCGCUCUUGGUCGCCGAUCUGACCUUAUGCAAGUGCCAGAGCUUGCAGAUUAUCUUAAAUACAUGAAACCUAAGAAAAUUGCCGCCUUCAAAGGAUUCAAACGAGCGUUCUUUUCAUUCCGUGAUCUGUAUCUUAGCUACUACCAGACCUCGAAUGACAUCAACCAAGCUCCUCUAGGCCACUUCUCCCUCAAAGGUUGCGAGGUUAGUCCGGACGUCUCUGUAUCUCAGGGGAAAUAUCAAAUCAAGCUACUUGUUCCUACCGCAGAGGGAAUGACUGACUUUGUACUGAAGUGUGAUACGGAGCACCAGUAUGCACGAUGGAUGGCAGCUUGUCGUCUAGCAUCACGCGGUAAAUCUAUGGCUGAUUCUUCGUAUCCACAAGAAGUUGAAAGCAUAAAGAAUCUUCUGCAUAUGCAAAGCGCAACAAACGGUCGAAACGAAAAUAGUACUGCGCGACGAUCGUCUCCAGUGAAAUUGCCAAGCGAUUUCAAUGUUGAUGAAUAUGUCUCGCAAAGAUACGUACGAAAAGCAAGGAGUAAACAGGCGCUACAACAACGAGUAGCUGACGCACAUGCGAACGUUCGACAGUUGUCGUCAACCGAAGCGAAGCUGCAAUAUAUCCGCGCUUGGCAAGCGUUGCCUGAGCAUGGAAUGCAUUACUUCAUCGUUCGUUUCAGAAACGGUCGAAAAGCUGAUCUGAUAGGUGUUGCCAUCAAUCGUCUUGUAAAGAUGAACAUGGACAAUGGCGAAAGCAUAAAGACAUGGCGAUUUGCGAACAUGAAAAAAUGGCACGUCAACUGGGAGAUUCGGCACUUGAAGAUCCAAUUCGAGGAUGAAGAUAUCGAGUUCAAACCUCUAUCAGCAGAUUGCAAGAUCGUUCACGAGUUCAUUGGUGGUUACAUAUUCCUGACGAUGCGAAGUAAGGAGCAAAAUCAAACUCUCAAUGAAGAACUGUUCCAUAAAUUAACAGGUGGAUGGGGAUAA